AUGUGGCAAGAUAUAUCGGAGUUUUUGCACGAAGAGAACUUUAGAAUCGACGGUGCUGGGCAGUACUGUUGCUGUUGUAUGAGUGCGUUGUCUCCACUGGAUACAGCCAAAAUCAACGGCACUUAUCAACAGCAUGCGUGUGCCAUUGAGGUGAGGUGCUCUCGAGAUGGUUUUCAUUGCUAUGUGUGA